AAAAGUAAGAUCAGAAGAUUCGGCUCCGAAUGGCGAAUAUAGAUGACAAGCCCUAAACCUAACGGCGCAGUCCCAAAGUGAAAACCUGAAAUGGCCACUAAUGAAGACGACGAAGACCGCAUAAUGAACCCCUUCAGAAUGCUCCUAAUCGACGACGCCAAAUCAACCGUACACGAGGCUGCACCCAAUCAACCCCUGCUCCUCACCCACCCCCUCCCUUCCAUCCAAUCAACGCUCACAAUUCGCCAGCUCCCCUCCGAGGGCCUCUCCUUCCAGCUCUGGCCUGCCGCCACCGCCCUCGUCUCCCUCCUCGACCGCCGCCGCGCCCACCCCCCCUCCAGCCCCCUCUCCGCCGCAUUCCACGGCCGCCGCAGCAUCCUGGAGCUGGGCUCCGGCACCGGCAUCGUGGGGAUCGUCGCCGCCGCCACGCUCGGCGCCACUGUGACCCUCACCGACCUCCCCCACGUGGUUCCCAAUCUCCAAUUCAACGCCGACGCCAACGCGCAGGCUGUGGGGCCCACCGGCGGGUCCCUGCGCGUGGCGCCGCUGAGGUGGGGCCACGCCGAUGACGUGGCAGCGAUUGGGCGGGAGUUCGAUCUCAUCGUGGCCUCGGAUGUAGUGUAUCACGACCACCUUUAUGAGCCCCUCCUCGAAACGCUGCGUUUGAUGAUGGUGGGUCGGAGUGAAGGGAAGAAGAUUGUGUUCGUGAUGGCCCACAUGAGGCGGUGGAAGAAGGAGUCGGCGUUUUUCAAGAGGGCCAAGAAGCACUUCAACGUCGACGUUUUGCACACUGAUGCUCCUUCCGAUGGGUCUAGGCUUGGUGUUGUUGUUUACCGUUUUGUUGGCAAGACUUAGCUUUCACUUUCACUGCUCACAUGUAACUAAAGGAAUUCCGGAUUCAUUUCCUUGUGUUUUAGUUCUCCCAAAACUGUAAUAUUUUUGCAUGCUGGAAUUCAACGUCUAAAACUUUCUUCCC